UGUCAACAACACACGGUUCACACCCCGCUUAGGGUCGCCAGUUUCACAAGAGCAGUCCGAGGGAGUGUGCGUACCAAGUGAUCAGUCUCUAAUACACGUUCUUUUUAGUGAGUUUCUGAGUUUACCAGAAUGAAACUGCAAAGUUAGUGAAACUUCGUUGGAUUAGGUGUGAAAUAUAAACAGGAAGACAAGAAACAUAGCAUUGGGGUGAAAUAGUGGUCAACAUGAGGAACUGUCCAGGUGUCGUGAACGUGAAGUGUUUGAUAUUGCUUCCUGUAGUGGGUUACAUAUUUACCUUUCCGACUCCUAAGCAAUCAAAGUUCGUAGCUGUUGACUAUUAUGGCCAGGACUCCAGCAAGACAGAGAACGGCGAAGGGAAGUAUGUCAGUGAUUCGCAGGUUAAUGAGAUGGAAAGCAACAGGCAAUUCCCUUCAAGUACACUGCCUUUCAUAUCCGAUAUGAUUGAGCAAGAAUACCACAACGUCACUGGUGUUGGUCUGUCCCAGGGCCUUCAUGCUCUGGGAGACGCCAUUUUAAAGGAAACUCAUCCCAGUGCAGUGAGUUCCGAGGCCAAUAUCGAUGGUUCCUCUCUCACUAACAUUAUCAACAGCUUGGGGAAUCUUUUGGGGGGUCUAGCGCGCUUAGGAGACUUGCCGAUGAAUUUGAGUGAUUCAUCAGAUGUGAGCAAAAAUCGAACAUUGGUAAACAUAAACCAUACAUCAGAGGAGGUGAGUGGAGAUGAGGAUGGCAUGGGGGAGAAAAAUAGAAAAAGUGAUGAAGAUGAUGAUCAGCCACGUGAUCAGAAGGCUGAGCAAGGGGACUAUGAAGCUGUAGGUUGUGGCAUCAAUAGUGUGCAGGCAAGGAUCCUGGGUGGUCAUAUUACAGGGGUAAGAGAGUGGCCAUGGCAGGUAGCUCUGAUCCAUGCCCCAUCUGGGAAAGUUUUCUGUGGAGCUUCCCUCCUCAACAAACGUUUCCUUCUUACUGCUGCUCACUGUGCUGCAGUGGUGCCACUCCAUGAGUUAAUAAUAUGGUUGGGUGGCUACGAUCUGUCACUUCCUGCUGAAGAUGGACGGGUGGUUCAUAGAGCAUCACACAUCAUCAUCCACAAGGACUUUAACCCAUUUACUAUGGCUAAUGAUGUGGCACUCAUAAGAGUCACUGAGCCAGUCAACAUGACUUAUAGUGUACGACCUGUCUGCCUACCUGAUGUCAGUGAAUGGGAUGUUUCAUUUGUUGCUGGAGAAGCUGGCCUGGAUGGCACUGUAACUGGCUGGGGACUGACUGAAGAGCAGGGCGAGCAAUCAAAAGUUCUUCUCAAGGUGAACCUCCCCUUCCUUAGUGUUGAUGACUGUAAGCAACGAUAUAAAGGCAUCAAUCCAGUCUCGUUGAAAAUGCUGUGUACGCUCCACAACUCGGAGGACGGUAUCAGUAGAGAUUCUUGUAAGGUGAGUUUGUGGAUGGUGAAGAUGUUAAGAGCUUGCAAUAAGUUUGAACAACUGCUUCAUGGACGGCAGUUUUUGGACUUGACUAAUGGAGCAAUAAAACUUGGAAUCUCAUGA